AUGUCCAAGUCGUCGCCGCCCGUCGCCGGGAUACGGUUCGGGUGCCUGUGCGCCGCCGCCGUCGUCGCGCUGAUAGGCCGACCGUCGGCCGCCACCGCGUCCGACGCCUCGCCGCUGGACGCCGUCAGGGUGGCGUCCCGGUGUGCCGGCGCCCCGGGCACUGUCGACUGUCUGCUCCGGGCCGCCGCAGCCGGCGUCGACGCGCUGGCCCGGUCCGACGAACCCGUGCACCUGGUGCCCGGUUGCGUGACGCUCAUCAAGAACAACGAACCGGCCGCGGCUACCGACCGCGAAAUCACGCCGCCCGCCUCGAGCGCGGGUGACGCGCUGGUCGACUCGAUCGCCGCGUUCGCCGAAUCCCGGGCCAUUAACGUCCGGGCGCCCGCCUCCGUUCUCGACUCGCUCAGACACGCGCUGGCCGAAGGUAACGACGACCACUCUUUGAACAACACAAUGUGUUCCGUCGUUUUUCGUUCCUUUUUCUUUUUUUAAGCGUAUUGGUUAUUUUACCGAGAUGCGUUUUCUCUCAACCAGAAGCCGUGCCGUACACAAUUAAACGCUCUCUUGCAUAAAUAUCGGAUCUCCUAGAAUGUGAAAAACGUAAUUUUUCGAAACUUCUUAUACUUUUCUCUGUAACGUUGAGAAAUACCUCAGAAACCGGAAACAUUUACGUUGAGACGCUGUGAAAAUUAUUAUUAUUAUUAUUAUUUUUUUUUUUUCGUAAGAAAUACUCGCGAUUGAAAUGUUUAAACAAUUUUCACGUUAGUAUUUACUACUAUGUAAUUUUCAAAAUCGUUUGGCUGUUAAUGGUUAGACAUUUGAAUGUUUCGAUACGUUUUGAAUUUGUUUCUUUCCAUGGUAAUGGAUACUUUCGGCUAGGGGAAAAAAACCUUUAUUAUGGUAAUUAAUUGUUUCUAACGUUCGCAAUUACAUAUUUUGUAGACAAGUUUUCUGAUUCGAAUUCCGUCUAUUAUUAUACGCUCGAAAAACCAACGGUACUAAUAAGUUUAUAACGUCGUCGUCGGUUAAAGGUAAAUAAAUAAAAAAAAAAAACUAUCCUGUAAAACCGAUUUCUGUGGUUUCCGUGACAUUAAUUAAACGUGAAAAAAAUGAUACAUAUCGGUAUACAAUACACUCGUGGGUUUUUAUUCGCCCGUUCCUUCGCAAACGAUAUCCGCCGUGUGUGACGGGCGCGAGUAUGCCAUAAAACAAUCUCGUUAUUGAAAUAAAAUCAAAACCGCCGAUAAUGUUCGUACAAUAUGAGAACACGCUAUUUCUUAGGCCAGGGCAGUAAGGAAAACGAUAAGUCGAAAGGGGGAAUAAAAUUACAGUUGUUUUUUAUUUGAAAACGUAACUCAUUUCGCAAAAGUGGACUAAGUUUAUGUUUUUCAUUUUUAAUACUCGUAAUGAUUUCGGAAAAAACCUCUAAUUAAGUACGUAUACCGCGCAUAGUAAUUUUUUUGAGGUAUUCAAACGUAUCCAUAUUACUUUUUUUCAAAGAGGAACGCAUGGGGACGGAUUGUUAUUCAAGCUUAUUUAUUUUUAGAGAGUUGUUAAACUUAAACGACCACUGACCUAUUACAGCGGAUAUUAUCAUUGAACAACACGCUAUUAUCUCGGUUUUUCUACGUUCGUGGAAUGCUCUUUGUCAAUUUCUGAAUUCUGAAAUGUAUUAUGACGCUGGUUAAUUUUUUUUUAUUAGGUAGUAUUGAGUAGUACUGACUUUACUCUUAAGUAGUUAGUUUUUUAAAAGAUCUAUUACUUUUUACUUCUUUCCGGGGAGGGGGGGGGAGAAACCAAAUUGUAGGACUCAAAAUAUGCGGGUGGCCGGAGUUAAAAGUUGAAAUCAAGUCCUGAAACUGCAGGUCUGGUGGGCAAAUGGAAAAAUGUUUUUUUCUCAAAUGGAACCCGCUCGUUUGUUUUCAAAAGUCGUUUGGCCGCCAUUAACCUCGUCCACUGGACCGCGGGCACCCCAGUCCGCCACCGCAAGGAAAACCCCCGAAUUGAACGUCUUUGACGCGAUUCGAUGUAACACGCUGCUUGUGAUUUUGAUUUCUAAGUUGUGUUAAUCGGUUUUCGAAAAAUAAAUAUUAAAAAAAAAUUUCAGUGCAUUGAAUUCACAGCCCUACAGUUACACAUUAUUAUUUUAAUAUUUCAACUACCAUUCAUGUUUUCAGCACGUGGGAAAAAGGACAAGAUGUCGGGACCGCUGCUGAUGGGCGCCAUGAUGGUGGCCGGCACGCUGUUGCCCAUCAAGCUGGGCGCGUUGGCGAUAAUGAGCGGCAAGGCGCUGAUGACCAGCAUGCUGGCGCUCAUGUUGGCCGCCAUACUGGCGCUGAAGAAACUGGCGUCGGGCGGCGGCGGCGGUGGCGGCGGCAGUCACAGCGGCACCACGUACGAGGUGAUCAACGUGCCGUCCGCGGGCGGCCACGGACCGCACGGACGUUCUUCGUCACUGGCCCACAGCCUGGCCUACGGUCUGCCGGUCGUCCCUACCGAGGCGAUCGCGGGACGACAAACCUGA